UGCGUGUUAGCUUUUUCAAGCUUCACGAAAACAACGGAUUAGUAUGUAUGGUAGUGCGUUAGACUGAUUGCGCCGCAAAUUAUAUUCUCGGUGAUUCGUAAGGUGAGGAAUGAAUGUGAAAAAUUAUCAGAGUUUUGAUUUUCAAUAAAGGGAUCAAAUUUUGAAUUAGUCGUAACAAGCAGAAUGGCAACUUUAGAGCAACAAGCUUCUAAACUUUUGGAUUUCAAUCAGAAAUUAGACAUCACUCUUCUUGAUAAUAUAGUUGGAUGUCUGUACUCGACUGUUGGAGAACAGCAACGUACAGCACAGGAGGUACUGACAGCAUUAAAAGAACACCCUGAUGCCUGGACUCGUGUUGAUACUAUAUUGGAAUAUUCACAAAACCAGGAAACAAAAUACUAUGCCUUACAAAUAUUAGAGCAAGUUAUUCAAACAAGAUGGAAAAUAUUACCAAGAAACCAGUGUGAAGGCAUUAAAAAAUACAUAGUUGGUCUCAUUAUCAAAAACUCAUCAGACCCAGUAACGAUGGAAAACAACAAGGUUUAUUUGAAAAAACUUAAUAUGAUCUUGAUCCAAGUAUUGAAACGAGAAUGGCCUCAUAACUGGGAUACAUUUAUAAGUGAUAUUGUUGGUGCAUCAAAGACAAAUGAAAGCCUUUGCCAAAACAACAUGGUAAUUUUGAAGCUGCUUAGUGAGGAAGUAUUUGUUUUCAGCACUGGACAACUAACGCAAACAAAAGCAAAACACUUAAAAGACACUAUGUGUUCAGAAUUCAGUCAGAUAUUUCAGCUCUGUCAAUUUGUCCUUGAAAAUUCACAAAAUGCUCCACUAGUGGAUGCAACACUACAUACUCUUCUAAGAUUUUUGAAUUGGAUUCCCCUUGGAUAUAUAUUUGAAAUGAAGUUGAUUAGCACACUCAUAUUCAAGUUUUUGAAUGUACCAAUGUUCAGAAAUGUAACCCUUAGCUGUUUGACAGAGAUUGCUGGUGUGACAGUCAGCAACUAUGAGGAACAGUUUGUUGCUCUUCUAGUGCAAACUAUGGAGCAACUUGAAGCAAUGCUCCCACUCACUACCAAUAUACGUGAAGCAUAUGCUGCGGGUCGAGAUCAAGAACAGGUGUUUAUCCAAAAUCUUGCAUUAUUCCUUUGCACAUACUUAAAAGAUCAUGCACAACUUAUUGAAAGUAGAGGGCUUACAAACACUCUAAUGAAUGCUCUACGGUAUCUCGUUUUGAUAUCAGAAGUAGAAGAAGUUGAAAUUUUUAAAAUUUGUUUGGAGUUUUGGUAUGCUCUGGCAGCAGAUUUAUACCAAGUUCCACCAUGUUCUCAUACUUCUAACUUGUAUACUUCAAUUGGCAAGAGUGUAGGCAGGAAAGCAUUGUAUUCAGAGAUUUUGAGCAGUGUUCGUUACAUAAUGAUCUCUAGAAUGGCUAAGCCAGAAGAAGUAUUAGUGGUGGAGAAUGAGAAUGGAGAAGUGGUGCGUGAGUUUAUGAAGGACACUGAUUCAAUUAAUUUGUACAAGAAUAUGAGGGAAACUUUAGUUUAUUUAACACAUUUGGAUUAUCAAGAUACUGAACGCAUUAUGACUGAAAAACUUCAGAACCAAGUAAAUGGCAGUGAAUGGUCAUGGAAAAAUCUGAACACACUGUGCUGGGCUAUUGGUUCUAUCUCAGGCGCAAUGAUGGAGGAAGAUGAGAAAAGAUUUCUUGUAGUUGUAAUUAAAGAGUUGUUGGGACUUUGCGAACAGAAAAAAGGGAAGGAUAAUAAAGCUAUUAUUGCUAGUAACAUAAUGUAUGUAGUUGGUCAGUAUCCUAGAUUCUUAAGAGCUCAUUGGAAGUUUUUGAAAACUGUGGUGAAUAAACUUUUCGAAUUCAUGCACGAGACUCACGAUGGUGUCCAAGAUAUGGCAUGUGACACCUUUAUAAAAAUUGCAAUCAAAUGCCGGCGUCAUUUCGUGACUGCGCAAGUUGGUGAAGCUUGUCCAUUUAUUGAAGAAAUCUUGAGCACUAUCAGUUCCAUUAUCUGUGAUUUACAAACACUUCAAGUGCACACUUUCUAUGAAGCUGUAGGGUACAUGAUCAGUGCACAAGUUGAUCAAGUGGCACAAGAACAGCUUAUCGAGAAGUACAUGCUUCUACCUAAUCAAGUUUGGGAUGAUAUAAUAUCUCAAGCAUCUCACAAUGUGGAUAUUUUGAAGGAUCCAGAGGCUGUCAAACAGCUGGUGAGCAUUCUCAAAACUAAUGUACGUGCCUGUCGCGCUUUAGGGCAUCCAUAUGUUGUGCAAUUGGGUAGAAUAUAUCUGGACAUGCUCAAUGUUUACAAAGUAAUGUCUGAAAAUAUAAGCCAAGCCAUUGCUUUGAACGGCGUUGUUGUAACUAAACAGCCACUUAUAAAGAACAUGCGUAUAAUAAAGAAGGAGACACUUAAGCUGAUUGCCAGUUGGGUAUCACGCUCUACUGAUAAAAGCAUGGUAUUGGAAAAUUUCAUUCCUCCACUUUUAGAUGCUGUUCUCUUGGAUUACCAAAGAACUGCAGUGCCAGAUGCUCGAGAACCUGAAGUUUUGUCAUGCAUGUCAGCAAUUGUAUAUAAGCUAGAAGGGCAUAUAACGUCUGAAGUACCUAAGAUAUUUGAUGCCGUUUUUGAAUGUACUCUUGAGAUGAUAAACAAAGACUUUGAAGAAUAUCCAGAGCACAGAACAGACUUCUUCCUCCUAUUGCAGGCAGUGAAUACACAUUGUUUUAAGGCAUUCCUAAGCAUACCUCCAGCACAGUUCAAAUUAGUAUUGGAUUCCAUUAUCUGGGCAUUUAAGCACACAAUGAGAAAUGUGGCUGAUACUGGCCUUCAGAUUUUAUAUCGGUUGCUGCAUAAUGUAGAGCUGCACCCUCAGGCGGCACAGAGUUUUUACCAAACUUAUUUGUGUGACAUUUUAGAACAUGUUUUCAGUGUCGUAACUGACACAUCUCAUGGAGCUGGCCUUACAAUGCAUGCUACGAUAUUAGCAUAUAUCUUCUCUAUUGUUGAAGCUGGUCGAAUUAAAGUACCUCUUGGACCAACACCUGAUAAUGUCCUCUACAUUCAGGAAUAUGUGGCCAACCUGCUGAAAAGAGCAUUCCCUCAUUUGACAGACAAUCAAAUUAAAAUCACUGUUCAAGGGCUCUUCAACCUGAAUCAUGAUAUUCCCGCAUUUAAAGAUCACUUGAGAGACUUUUUAGUUCAAAUAAGGGAGUAUACUGGCGAAGAUGACAGUGAUUUGUUUUUGGAAGAGCGCCUAUUUAAUCUUCGUCAAGCACAAGAAGAAAAGCGAAGAGUUCAGUUAUUAGUGCCAGGAAUUCUUAAUCCUCACGAAUUGCCUGAAGAAAUGCAAGAUUAAUUGUAGUUUAACCUCAGAAAUGGUGACAGUUCACAAUAUUGCAUGGAUUUAAGUCAGUUCCUUUGUUUAUAUAUUUAAAUAUUUGAGGAAUUCUUAUAUUCCUUAUAAUAGUUUUAUGAAUCAUUUUAAUCAAUUUUAGAAGUUGAAACAAUGCAAUCGGAAAUUGUAUUUAUUACAUAAUUAUCUCCUUUUAAAUACUCUAACAAAUUUCUUAAGAGGUUUUUUGUAAGCAUAAUUAAUUUAGUUAACAUAAUACAGAAAAUGGUCAGCUCAUUAAGAUGGCAAGCAUAAUGUGUCAUUUUUUCACAUAUAGGUUUAAUAGGUACUUAAUUUUUAAGUUUUACCGUUAUGUCUAAAUGUCUGUGAUGUGUCAUUAUCAAUAUUGCCCUAAAAUGAUUAAGUCUCGGGACACGACCUUUAAGGUCAAUAAGCAUGACCAUAACAUUGGUAUUUUGCUAUCUGCAACUAAUAUCUUGCAAUACUGCACUGGCUAAACUUUAAGGCAUAACAUUUUAUUUAUGACAUAUAAUGUACAAUUAAUAUUUUAUUCUGAUAGUUUCUCUUGCUAGCAUUCACAAUACUUAAUAGUUGAGUAAACUCAGCAUAUUUUGUGGACUGUUGCCAUUCACACUGGUCUCUAUAUCUUGUGCCUACAAAAUGAUACCUUAUUGUGAGAGAUUGUACAGAGGACCACUUGGAACAAUGUGAGGUGAUGAAUGUAAGGAAAGAAGCCUUUUCUUUAUAGGUAUCUUUUGCAAGCACAAGGCUGUUUGGGCCUCUAAUUAUAGGCAGGAAAUCAUGCAUCCAUUUACAUUGCUAGUGAGGAAGUAGAAUAUUUCUAUGUUUUUAAGUAAUCUUCAAAAUGUAGGUAAUGAAAUCUCUGUGAUGGAAACCAGUGACGGAAAUUCAACAUAAUGCACUGCAGAAUCUGAGUAUUACUGAGUAGAUUCUAGGCGAACUUUAUAAAGUGACUUGCUGUUAGUAAUAUUUUUUAUGUUUUGUUUAAUGUUGUCGAAACUAAUUUGGUAAUGGUUUGGGAAUCCGAACAUUUGGUAAGAUUUCCAAAUGCAUUUUGGGUCCGAUUAACUGUCAGUCUUUCAAUUUUGUGUUUCAAAUAAACCAUUAAAUAUGA